UCUCCUCCCCGGCCGACGAGGGGAUCCACUUGCCAGUGCAGCUCUCGGCUUCGUGUCGGUCGGGACCUGCAAGACCAGUGCGUGUGCCUUACCAAGCGCGCUCCAGGACCGUACCAACCAUACCUCCGACGGCGUCGGCCACAUCGGGGCUCCGUAUAAAAUCGCGGGCCGCGGGGAUUACCGCCAGUCACUCGUCAUCCGUCCUACCUGUCGGACUGUGGGGGUUGUGUUUGGUGUCUGCGGUGCGGACAUGCCUUCUUUUCCGCGGACCGGCGCCACGGCUUCCGACAACUGGCCCGCUCUCCCGUACCACCGGCCGGAUGGGCAUUUUUCGGCUUCAACGACUUCGAGUGCGUCUUGUGGUUCGCCGUGGUGGAUGCCCCAUGUGUUGUCAAUGUCGACGUGGUGAACUGACCGGUGAUAGCACAGAGGAUGCUGUGACCGACCUAAAGGUGCAUCAAGGUCGACAAGAAGAGUGAGGCACCCGACGCCAAAGGAUGCAGCUAGGCUACGCCGGUAAGAAGGCAGCAACCGGGUCGUGGUGGUUCCAAGUUUGACAGCGUACCCGUCUAGCCGAUGGAUGUAGCCAUGCGUUGGCGUCGGACUUGGCUCGCCACAGCGGGCUUGGCGUUCUGUCUGGGCAUGACCGUCGGAGUACUGCUGCCCCUGCGCGAGCUCGCGAGGAAAGUGGACGAGACACAGCAGAAGGUCAGCGGCGGCAACGCUUCUUCUUUGAGCGGCCAGCCCGUCGGACGAGGGAGCGCCCCGGAGAUCGGCCGGGACCAGCCGCUCCGCGAGAAGGGCAUGGUGCGAGGAAUUUUCUGGGCGGGUCCGGCCGAGCGACUGGUCGCCAGAGGCUUUUUGAGCGGCGAUGUGUCUCGCUGGCGGGCCACGGCCAGGAGAUCCGCUGUCCGGGCGGUCCGGGAAGGAUGCGGACGCAUGCAGAACAGGCUCGUCGUGUUCGAGUCUGGCACGCUCAGUUGCGCCCGCUACCGGCAGAACAACGACCAGAUCCAGGGCGAACUCUUCUCCUUUUACCUCGCCAGGGAACUGGGCAUCGCCAACUUGCCGCCUGCCGUGUUGACGCGGGCCGCGGGCCGGAGUUGGGACUCGGUCAGGUCCAACCUGGAGUUGGCGCAGUGGCGCUCGGACCGACCCUUGGUUCUCACCAAGUUCGUGGAUGACCUGGUGCCCACAAACAUUCCGGUGGAGUUUAGGUCCCCGGCGGCGCGGCGCCUGCACCCGCCGGACGUGUUCAACAAGACGGACGCCGACAUCCGAGAGUUAGUUCAAUGGUCGGACCUCAUAAUCUUCGACUACCUCACGGCCAACUUGGACCGCAUUGUGAACAACAUGUUCAACCUGCAGUGGAACCCCGAGAUGAUGAACUCGCCCGCGCACAACUUGUUGCGGCAGAAGAGCACGGGCCUCCUGGUGUUCCUCGACAACGAGUCCGGACUCGUCCACGGCUACAGGCUACUGGACAAGUACGAGGUCUACCAUAGGUCUCUGCUGGAUUCGCUGUGUGUCUUCAGGAAGGCCACAGCGGAGGCCGUGGCUCGGCUCAGCCGUGACCGAGACAUCGGAAGGAGGCUGUUCAGUGCUUUCAACAUAAGUGAUCCGGGGAUGGAUAACUAUCUACCUUUCCUGCCGGAACGCAGUGUCAAGAUCCUCAACAAGAGGCUCGCACAAGUGAACAGUCAAGUCCGGCGGUGCAAGGAUAAGUACGGCCAUGUUCAACGGUAGGCGCCACUGCUGGUGAUGUGCAUCCGAGAGGACGGUGAUAGGAUGGGGAAAGACUUGGAGGGUGAGUUUCCGUCGCAACGUCUCUUGUGAUAAAGCCGUUAGUGGCGCGUCUCCUGGAGACUUAGACUGCGCACCUUUUGCAUUGUUGUGGUCGGUCUUCAGGAAUAGGACGUGGUUGAGGCUUCAUGCCGAUAGUCAGGGUGUUGUUCGGUCAGCUUAUGUCGAUGAUUCUGUAAUUUAAGAGUUUCGUUUGUGCGUUUCAUGGACAGCUUUCUUUUAAAGACUGAUAUACGACAACGGAGCGCUCGAGUUUUUCCUGUGUUCUAAUCUAGCAAUGCUCUUAUUUUCGGAUGCUUCUGAUACGUACAACUUUGGAGAGUGUGAAAGAACUAAUGGUAUCCUAUGAAAGUAUACGUCUACUUUUUCUUUCUUUCGACAACUAUUUUUUGUUUUGUUUUUACUGUGCCCAUUUUCUGACAAGUUUUAGACUUCGCCAAUAAUUAUGAUCGAAAGCUUUUAGUAAAGAACCAAAUACCAGUAUUCGCCAUAUUUUAGGAAAUGUAAAAUGUUUUCCAUUCUUGGCUGUGCUAGGUUUACACUGAUAAAAGGGAACAUUUCACACUGCUCAAGGAUUAAUCUGUUCAAAUAGCCCAAUCAAUCUUCUAAGACGCUAAAAUUUACUUAUUUAUUGCUCUGCCAUCCUCACACAACAUAUACCCACGGCCAAAAUAAGAAAUACCAGCACACGUUGCUCGCCACAUUGCAAUUCAAACAUUUUCAAGAGGCUAAAAACAACCUUCCAGCGAACGCAACACACCGAUAAACCAAAAACACCCCACACGCGCGCCAAGUUGAGGCAGCAUCCCAUUGGCUAACGUCAGGUGCACUGUUACGACCCCAUAAAUACCGACGCAUCAUUUAAACCCAACUACCGAAGCAGAAGUCCACAAAGUUAAUCACAAAAGAAAGAAACCCGAAAGACGGGGGCAAAAGCAAACGAUGCACGCGAUGGUCUCAGCUCUCCCCGGCAAAAGCGGCCGCAACUCAAUAGCCCUGCCCUUCAACCUCCAAUAACUCAAUCGGCUACAGCCAUCGGUGCCGCUACAGAACGAACAAGUGUAAUCCCGUGCCUUUAUGCGCCCCUCACAAAAGCGCUCUAGUCAUCUUGGUAACCUUUAUCCCCCCCCCCCCCCCUCCCCCCUCCCGCCAUUUACGCCUCCUCCGGUGCACGUCUUCACCAACCGAAGACUUCCUCCUGGCAAUCGUGAACCAGUGCGCCUUCUUCUCACCAGCUAUAAAAGACAAGCGUAGAUGGGCGAGGGCGUAGUAGGGGGAGGGGGUGGAUUGCAGAAUGAAAAGCUUUUCUUCUCCUCCUCCAGUCUAAUGAGGAUUUCAUGGCGAUCUCCGGCCACCCUUUAAGGAGCAACGCCAAACAGGCAGCUCACGAAGUUCACCCCCAAAGGUCCCCCCUCGUCUGUGUCGUGACCUUAGUCUUGUUAUCAACUACCAGUGUUUGCCUUCUAGCGGGACCUCUCCUGGCUUGUUCGCUUGCUUGCUUGCUUGAGUAUGGUAGCCUCUACCGCACUGGCUCGCGUGCGGACCUCUUGCGUGCUGCGACUGGUCGGGAAGUACCGCUUGCAACUCUUGAGGUGUUGGCUAUCUGGAAUAUCUCCUGUUUAGAUCUGUUUUUUUCUUUUUUUUUAUUCUGGAGAUGGAAGAUUGUUUAGUGCCGCCGUGACUUUAUUAGUCUGAAUAGGAGUUCGAGACAACCAAAUAGCUCGUUUCCGGGGGCAGGUCGCUUGUUAUCGCUUUAUUGCGUCCUGACGGUAGAACAUAUCUGUCGUUGCCCUGCUACGCAACACUUAGUCGUCCCUUUACGUGGCACUUCUUUUGCUCUAAUGGUAGAUUCUCUUCAAGCUCCGACUUUGUUAGGAUUUGCAGUCUAUCAUUAUCGGGGUCUGUCGUUUCCGGUCUUGAACCUUUACGAAAGGAUAAUAAACAAGGGUUCUUGCAAGUGCCGCCACUUAAAAGUAAGAUGAUUGCCUUUUCUUGCACGCUGCAAGCCUAAACUCUUCGGCAUCAAAGUUCAGGAACUAAUAGAUUCCUUGAUAAUGAAAAUUUCUAAGCGGUAUAUGUAAUUUAUGUUUAGUUGGGUAUAGCUCAUGCAGUUAGAUUAUGCGAAGAAGUUUAUUGGGAAAGGCGACCUGUCCCCGUCUGGUGUCUUCAUGUAUCACCCGCGGCUCGAGUGACUUGAGAAGGCAUAUGUAACCCUGUACGCCAUAGGUUAUUCUUAAUGUUGGCUCACAAUGCAGAUGUCUGUAUCUAGUAACAACUUAAACGAUUUUGCGUAUGUUAAUAUUGUGAGCAGCAGAUCUCACACUUUUCACAAAAUACGAUGUUUUAUCUGACUUAAGUUUAAAAAUAACUUUCCCAUCCAAUUGUACUCGUUCCAAGAAUUGGCUUUUAUUUAGUGACCAUGAUUGUAAGUCAUAUAAUCAUGUGAACAGCCGUUAGGUCAUUUUGCAGAGCAAACGUAUUGCCUAAUGAAUGGUGUACCCUUGCGAAGAGGUACACAGUUCAUUACACAGUACCAUACCAAUGUAAGUUUGCUUGCGUUUACUCUUUAAGACGACACAGCAGUUGUUGCCAGUGCCACACAUCUUUAUUGUUUAUUUUACCGCGAUCGACUGGCGCAAAACGUGUAUCAAAAAAGUAAAUGUCUUUCACCUCGCGCUUCUCAGAGUCCAGAAAAGCAAGCAAGCGAGCAGUAACUUAAAACGACAAUCAAUAAAAAUAAACAAUCACGCGCGAUGCAGCUCGAACACAAAUUGUUGUACAUAGUGCAGUUAGACGCUCUAUACUUCUACUUCGGCUAGUAUUCUUAAAGGUUAACACCAUGGAACGUUGGUGUGUCCCCGAAGACCUUGCUCAUCAUACGAAUAGAACUCUGUUUUGCGUGCACCUUGGGGCGCCCGCGAAUUGGGAAUAAGUGUUUGCCGAAAUAGGAGCUUGUUUUAAUUACUUAUUUUUAUAAAGUUCCAUCGGAGAUUCUUUAGUUUCCGUCGGAGAGCAACUGUCGGUUUUCUAUUCUCUAAAGUUCCUAUGGUGUGUAUUAAUUAGGUGGUCUUAUUUUAAAAGAUAUUCGGUUUUUUUUUCUAGCAAGUUAUGCAAUCCAAACAAACAUAAAAAAAAAAUAACAAGGCGAUUUAUUUUUAAGUCUGUCUUUUCAACCGCACUGUUGACUCUUCAUGGUGGAGUUCUGAGCGCAUAAUUAUCUGAGUGAUUUAAAAGUAAAAUCCGCAAAAAAAUACACAUAGCAGUGAUAGCACAAAUAUGUCGGCAAGCGUAAAAUGCGCAUCGAUUUCUUAGUAAGUUUUUAUCAUAUGACUGCCGACACUGUCUGUCAGAGUUAAUCUGGGAGCUGAGACCAUCCAGACAUUUAAAAAUAUAUAUACAGAUAAAAAUACAUUAGGGCUCCAACAAUAAAUGACAUAAGGUGUUUUAUUCAAAAAGGCAUUCAGAAGUACGUAGAUGACACCCUCAAAACCACAGCAAAACAUCAAAUAUUACGGGGCACAUUUGUACUUUUGUACGAGGUAACAAGUAGCCCAGGAUCACACUCAUGACACUCAUGGGAAUUCAUCUCCAAACAGUUAUACCACGCGGAAUUUGACUGUAUUUAGCAAUACAAAUCUGUAGUAUUCGCAAUGACAAUAUCAAAAAUAGAUUUUGCAUGUGUUUUGGCGAAUGUUUACAACGUAAAAGCAAAAGAAUUUUCAAUAUGGGAAUAUUGCGGUGUGAAUCGUAAUAUAGAUGUGUCUAUCAAUUGUUGUUUACUGUUAGAUAGAAAUAAUAAACUGGAUGUAAUAAUUGUGCUAAUAUAUGACAUCCUAUCUGAAAUGUUUGUUUGAAUUGUUGCGUGGGCUGAAUGCAAAUAGAUGCACGCAGGACGUGACAGGUUAGACGUAAAAUAUAAAUCCAACUCCGAUUGAAAGAAUGUUAAAGCGUAAAAUCUACGCGUUGUUUCUGCAUUCCCACUUGGUUUUUAUUCCUCUUUUUUUUUGUGAGUAAUCAAACCUGAACUCAAUGUAUACGUAUUUUUAUUUCGAUGCUACCAUUGAAAUGCAGCUGCUAACGACAAUUGUUAGAGCAUUUUUAGCAUCGAAACAACACCCAAACCAAGAAAAAACACUUCAGUUGCUAGUCUGUGUAUAUAUUACGCGAUUUAUUUGUAUCAUAUUUUGUUCCUUUGAUAUGAUGGUAUUGUAUAAUGAAUGAAGCUAUUCAGUAGCUUUUGUGUCCUAGGAUAUUCGUAGGGAUACUGUGUGUGUCAUUUAAAUUGUGAUGUAAAAAGGCGAUGCCAUGUUUUGCUAAGUUAUAUGUAAAUAUUACUCGAAAUAAUAAAGCGACUCUUUACAAUAUGUCACUUAGCACUCUCA